GCGGGGCAGGCCGGGCGGGGGCCUGGGCCCGAGGGGAAGAUGAGCGCUCUCCUAGAGCAGAAGGAGCAGCAGGAGAGGCUGCGGGAGGCCGCGGCCUUGGGGGACAUUCGGGAGGUGCAGAAACUGGUGGAGAGCGGGGUGGAUGUGAACUCCCAAAAUGAGGUCAACGGCUGGACCUGUUUACACUGGGCAUGUAAGCGCAAUCAUGGUCAGGUGGUCUCUUACUUAUUACAAUCAGGAGCUGACAAAGAAAUUCUUACGACAAAAGGAGAAAUGCCAGUGCAAUUGACAUCAAGGAGAGAAAUCAGGAAGAUCAUGGGAGUGGAAGAAGAUGAUGGUGCCGACAGCCUCCCCCAGCUGAAGAAGGAGUCAGAACUGCCCUUUGUUCCGAACUAUUUGGCCAACCCAGCCUUCCCUUUCAUCUACACCCCUGCGGCAGAGGAUCCAGGCCAGCUACAGAACGGGGGCCCCUCCACACCUCCGGCAUCGCCCCCUGCGGAUGGCUCUCCUCCCUUGCUCCCCACGGGGGAGCCUCCCCUGGCCGGGGCCUUUCCACGGGACCACACCUCUUUGGCACUGGUUCAGAACCGGGACGUGUCUGCCCCCUCUGCCAUUCUCCGAACACCAGAAAGCACAAAACCGGGUCCUGUCUGUCAGCCGCCAGUGAGUCAGAGCCGCUCACUGCUCUCUUCUGUCCCAGCCAAGCCACCAGUGUCUCUGGAGCCUCAAAAUGGGACAUAUGCAGGACCAACGCCAGCAUUCCAGCCGUUCUUCUUCACGGGGGCAUUUCCAUUUAAUAUGCAAGAGCUGGUACUCAAGGUGAGGAUUCAGAACCCAUCUCUUCGAGAAAAUGAUUUCAUCGAAAUUGAACUGGACCGACAGGAGCUCACCUAUCAAGAAUUGCUCAGAGUGAGUUGCUGUGAGCUGGGUGUGGAUCCAGAUCAAGUGGAAAAGAUCAGAAAGUUACCCAAUACUCUGGUGAGAAAGGACAAAGACGUUGCUCGACUCCAAGACUUCCAGGAGCUGGAACUGGUUCUAAUGAUAAGUGAGAACAAUUUUCUGUUCAGAAAUGCUGCAUCCACACUGACUGAAAGACCUUGCUACAACAGGAGAGCUUCCAAACUGACUUACUAAUGCAGCAGGGACUUUUAUUGCUGAGUGUUGUGACAGUGCGCAUCCCCUCUGGGCCAAGGACAAGCCAUGGAUUGAAAUGCCUUGGGCGCCACCGUGUAGUAUACACUAACAUCGUUCUGCCAAGGUAGGAAGCCCCUGACCCCGCCCCCCCCCCAGCAGCGGUGCCACUCUUCCAAGCCUCUUGGUGCACAAUAAACCUAUUGCUUGAAGCUG